AUGGAUGAUCGAGAGCCAGAUCAAUCACUUUUUAAGACACCUAUGUUAACACCAGUUGUUAGUGAUGUACAUAAGCCAGAUGAAUAUUCAGAUGUACAAUGUUCAAUAACACAAACAGAUUAUCAACCUAUGCCUGACUUUACAAGAAAUUUGGAAGCACGUCUGAAUCUCAAUUAUCUAUUAAAUGAAAAUGAUUAUGAUAGUGAAGCCGAAUCAGAUACUCACGAAAAACGACCCACUGAAGCCACUGAUGACAGUAAUGAUCCUAAUCAUUUACAGAAAUAUCCAGUUGAAAAAACACUUGAUAAAUCUCUUCAUCCUCAAACUUCACAAGAACAUGAUUAUAGUAUUCAUCCAUGUGUACAAGAAACUAUAUCAUCACAAGAAAGUUUUUCUGGUAUUAUGCCAAAUGUAGAUACUGACUAUGAAACAAGAUCAACUACUGUUUGUGGAGAAAGUUUCUGUGUACCUUAUACAAUUGAACUAGAUGAAAACGAUGAAAUUUUAUUAAUGAAAGAAGCAUCAACAACAUAUACAACAGAAUAUAUUGAACCAAAAAAAAAUAAAAAUGAUAUUGGACAUAUUAUGAUUAGUUAUAAUCAUUCAACAAAAGCUUUAUGUUCAAAAAUUGCUAGAGAAUUAAAAAAUUUAAAUUAUCUUGUUUGGAUUGAUCAAGAUAAUAUAUCUGGUGAUAUUCUAACAUCGAUGGCAUCUGCUGUUGAAAAUUCAUAUGUUGUUUUAAUGGCAAUUAAUGAACAAUAUUAUCAAAGUCGAUAUUGUCGAUUAGAAGCUGAGUAUUCUGUUGAACGUAAUAAAGCAUCUAUUCCUAUGUUAAUGCAAUCCGGUUACAAAGCAGCUGGUUGGCUUGGAAUAAUUAAUGGAUCAAAACUUCACAUCGAUUUCAGUCAACUUUCAUUUGAUGAAGCAUUCAUUUUACUUAGACGUGAAAUAGAAGCUGUUAGAAUUGCCCUAGGAGCCGAUGUAUAUGAUCGAACAAGUUCAACCCAGAAUUAUAAUAAUAAUUCUAUUACAACAAUGAGUAGUUCAUGGACUUCCACUAUAGAUGUUCAUGAAUGGAGUGCUGAUGAUGUAAUUGAAUGGUUAAAUCGAGAAAAACUUGAAAUAUUUCAAAAUUCUUUAUCACAUUUUACUGGACCAACACUUUGGCAACUAUAUAAAAUAAAAUUUGAUUCUGCAACAGAUUAUUAUCGAACUGUUGAAUCAUUACUUCCACCGACAACAUCUGAUAGACUUUUUUAUAUUUUAACAUUUAAUGCUGCACUCGAGUCACUUUUUUCUUCACCGCAUCAAUCAAUACAUCGACACUAG